UGGGCGCCUCGGCUGGCACAAUACAUUCCAUCGCUUCUCGUCUCACCGUCAUACGCCUUUUUCCUUCUUCCUUCUUCCUUCUUUUCCCUUCUUCUUUGUAUCUUUAUGAACGGCCUGGAACAGACGUGCGCCUCGCUGCGCGCGCAGAUCGCCGUUACGGAGGCCCAGCUUGCAGGCCUGAAACGUGAACUGCAGAUCGCGGAGCAAGCGGCCCAUGACUCGCAAGUCCAGAGCACGAGUAUAAGCAGCGAGGAUGGCGCGAAGGAGGACAGACGGUGGCCACUUCUCGCUGAGGAGUACCGGCGUUAUGGGAGGCAGAUGAUUGUGCCGCAGUUGGGGUUGCGGGGGCAAUUGAAACUCCGAUCGGCGAAAGUCCUCAUUGUUGGCGCAGGUGGACUGGGAUGUCCGGCUGCGAUGUACCUUGCUGGAGCUGGAGUCGGGACUCUGGGGUUGGUGGAUGGGGAUACUGUUGAAGCGUCGAACCUGCACCGCCAGGUUCUGCAUCGCAGCCGGAACGUGGGAAAGCUGAAGGUGGAUAGUGCGAUCGAGUAUCUUCAGGAACUGAACCCUCAUCCCACAUACAUUGCGCAUCGUGAACACCUAGCACCCGACGCUGCAGCGGAUAUCUUCAAGGACUAUGACCUGAUACUGGACUGCACGGACAACCCAGCGACGCGGUACCUGAUCUCAGAUACCGCCGUGCUGCUCGGCAAGCCGCUGGUUUCCGCGUCCGCCCUGCGCACUGAAGGCCAACUGAUGGUCCUGAACAACCCACCUCGGCCGGUGGGCGACAACAGCGGCGGACCGUGCUACCGAUGCGUGUUUCCCAGACCGCCACCGGCUAAUACCGUCACCAGCUGCGCGGACGGAGGUAUACUGGGUCCCGUGGUUGGGACCAUGGGCGUGCUGCAGGCGCUGGAAGCCAUCAAGGUCAUCACCGCAGACGACACCCAACCCCCCAGUCCGCCGGCGUUGCAUAUCUUCUCGGCAUACUCCUCGCCUCUCUUCCGGACGAUCAAGCUGCGCUCCCGCCGUGCCAACUGCGCGGUUUGCUCUGCAGAAGCUACGGUGAGCCUGGACACGGUGCGUUCGGGCUCCACGGACUAUGUCUUCUUCUGCGGCAGCGCAGACUCAGAGAUGUUGCUUGCGCCGGAGGAACGUGUCACGCCGCUGGAGUAUCAGGCGUUGCAUCCUCCGUCCGAACCUGGGGUAGAGGGCAAACAGCCGACGAUGAUCGAUGUGCGCGAGAAGGUGCAGUUCGACAUCUGCAGUUUGGAUAACAGCAUCAAUAUCCCGAUUUCGACGAUCCUGGCAUCGUCUACAAGCAAAGGCGACGACUCCUCGGCUCAGCUUCCCUCGUGGGUGCCACCGGAGCUUGCCGCUGCAGAAUCGAAAGAUCCGAUCUAUGUGGUGUGUCGCAUGGGGAAUGAUUCCCAGAUUGUGGUCAAGAAAUUGAAGGAACUGGGACUGGACCGACAAGGACAGCGGAGGGUAGUCGACAUUCAGGGAGGCUUUCACUCUUGGAGGAAACAGGUUGAUCCUGAGUGGCCUGAGUAUUAGACUGCCUCUGUAUUCAGUAUGUAGGCUUUCUUUUGCCUUUUCUUCAGGUUGCAAAAGACCUGAAGAUGGAUGGUUGUUCGACCGUCUGCGAAAAGCAUAGUUGGGCUCUGGCGGCCUUCGAACCCAGCAUUUAGAUAUCCA